AACCGAGGACGCGGCUCCGCCGGGCGCCGCCGGACCCUGAAUCCCGCGCACCGGGACGGGUUCGCUGGCGGCUUCCGGGAGGGCCGAGUGUGCCGGCGACCGCCGCCAUGGGGAUCCUCGAGAAGAUCUCGGAGAUCGAGAAGGAGAUCGCUCGCACGCAGAAGAACAAGGCCACAGAGUAUCACCUGGGCCUGCUGAAAGCCAAACUUGCAAAGUACCGAGCCCAGCUCUUGGAGCCAUCCAAAUCCGCCUCGUCCAAAGGAGAGGGCUUCGAUGUUAUGAAGUCAGGGGAUGCCCGCGUGGCACUGAUUGGAUUCCCCUCUGUGGGUAAGUCCACCUUCCUGAGUCUCAUGACCUCCACUGCCAGCGAGGCUGCAUCCUACGAGUUCACCACCCUGACGUGCAUCCCUGGCGUCAUCGAGUACAAAGGUGCCAACAUCCAGCUUCUGGACCUUCCUGGGAUCAUUGAAGGAGCAGCACAAGGGAAAGGCCGUGGCCGACAGGUGAUCGCUGUGGCGCGCACGGCUGACGUGGUCAUCAUGAUGCUGGAUGCCACCAAGGGAGAGGUGCAGAGGUCUCUGCUGGAGAAGGAACUGGAGUCAGUGGGCAUCCGCCUCAACAAGCACAAGCCCAACAUCUACUUCAAGCCCAAGAAAGGAGGUGGUAUCUCCUUCAACUCCACGGUCACGCUGACUCAGUGCUCAGAAAAGCUGGUGCAGCUGAUCCUACAUGAGUACAAAAUCUUCAACGCAGAAGUGCUCUUCCGAGAAGACUGCUCCCCAGAUGAGUUCAUUGACGUGAUUGUGGGCAACCGUGUAUACAUGCCUUGCUUGUAUGUUUACAACAAAAUUGACCAAAUUUCCAUGGAAGAAGUGGACCGCCUGGCCCGAAAACCCAACAGCGUAGUCAUCAGCUGCGGCAUGAAGCUGAACCUGGACUACUUGCUUGAGAUGCUCUGGGAGUACUUGGCGCUGACCUGCAUCUACACCAAGAAGAGAGGGCAGAGACCGGACUUCUCGGACGCCAUCAUCCUCCGGAAAGGGGCCUCUGUGGAGCAUGUGUGCCACCGCAUCCACCGUUCGCUCGCCAGCCAAUUCAAGUACGCCUUAGUGUGGGGCACCAGCACCAAGUACAGCCCACAGCGGGUAGGCCUGACCCACACUAUGGAGCAUGAGGAUGUCAUCCAGAUUGUCAAGAAAUAGGGGCUCCUACUGAACCCCACACCUCUCCAUGGGGAGUUGGACCUGAUGGGGGCUGCCCAAGCCCAAACGGAAAAUACAAACCCACCCCACAAAGGGGCCCUCGAGUA